AUGUCGAGCGCAGGAUCUGCCACAGAAGCUAAUAAUAGCGCAGACUCAAGUGAAACAACAAGGGCCCAUAGAAUUACAGAUGAUGACUUAUACAGACAUUCCACUCAAUACCGAUUAUGGUCGUUCACCAAAGAGCAACUUGAACAGAAGAGACGCGAAGUGAACCAAGCUGCUGUGGAUUUAGUACAGAAAAAACAGAAGGAUCUAGUGUUAAAUCACAGUGAGUUAACACAAGAAGAAUUAGAUGCCAUCAAAGAAAAAGCGGUACCGGUAACAAUGGAGGAAGAGAAGAACUUUGUAAACUUUUUUGCUAAGAAAGUACAGUCCUUUUGCCAGUCUCUAAAUUUACCAACAGAAGUCUGUGCAACUGCAAUUUCUUUCUUUAGAAGGUUCUUCCUAGUAAAUUCAGCCAUGAACAUUCAUCCAAAACAUAUUCUUCUAACCAGCAUCUUUCUUGCAUGCAAAUCGGAGAACUACUUUAUUGGAAUUGAACCAUUUGCUAAGAAAACGAAAUCACAACCAUCGGCUAUUCUCAAGUACGAGUUCAAGCUUUUAGAAUCUCUCCACUUCACACUACUGAACCACCAUCCCUACAGACCAUUACAUGGGUUUUUCUUGGAUAUUCAAUACGUUUUACGUGGGAAAGUUGAUUUGAAUUACAUGGGACAAAUAUACACUAACUGUAAACGUAGAAUAACGGAUACAUUGAUCUCGGAUGCUGUUUACCAUUUCACACCGCCUCAAAUAACACUUGCAUGUUUGUUAAUCGAAGAUGAAGCGCUCACACUAAAAUACCUUGAGGUGAAGUUUGGACCAACUCCACAGGAACAAGCUGAAAGCGUGGAAAAAGCUAAAAUAGAGGAAGAAGAUAAGGCAAAAACGGAGGAAGAAUCCAAAAAGGAGGAAACCAAAAAGACGGAAGAAGGGCAAUCCAAGGAUGAGCCUAUUGAGAUAAAAGAAGAGAAACCGAAACCAAAGACUGUUGGUGGUAGCAAUUUAGAUCUUGACAAAUUGUUGGCCUUGAUACGAGAAUGUCAAGAGAUGAUUCUCAAAACCGAGAAUCUAUCCAAAGAGGAAGCAACCAAAAUAGAUGCUAGACUACACUAUUGCCAAAAUCCUAUGCUCAUUGUUGAAAGACUGAGGAGACAGAAGCAACAACGUGAGAAUUCUAGUACACCAAAUGAACCAGAAUCCAAAAAACUAAAAGUUGAAUAA